AUGGGGCCUCUUCUUCAUUACUUCAAGUCUUCGAUAUCUAUUCAAUCGCUUAAUAAACACCGGCGACCUCACCUUCUUCUCACUGACACCACAACCCGUAAACGACAGUGCCCCCUUCGUUCCAUGCUACUUCAAGAAACCACUAUCUGUAAAGGAUUUGAUCGUUUGUUGUUUAGCGUUUCUACCAACUGGAUGGGGACUGAUACUAGUUGGUCAAGCAUUCAGGCGAUUGACUCAGUGCACGGUUUUGUGGAAAUUCACAUCACUUUUAGUUAUUCAAUCACAGGUUCCAAGGUCUUAUCAUAAGUCAUUAGCAGUAUCAAGUUGCUACUUUGGAAAAUCUCAGCAACAAAAGGCAAACAAAGGCUUUCGAAGUACAUUGCUAUUUUGGAAACACCACUACAACUAGACUGUUAUUUUAGUCUGUUUUCGACCUUGUUUCUUAUGGCUUUUGUCUAUGUUAAUCUAAAUUUUGUACCUUCUUGUUUUCUCUGUAU